AUGCGCGGAAGAGGGAACUUCAGAGGAAGCUCAAGACCCUUUCCCUCGGGAUACAACUUCUAUAACCGGCCGCGUGGAACAACUUAUCCGAACAGGAGAAGGCCCUUCAGAGGCAGGCCACGUGGUGGACCAUAUUGGCAAGGAUCCUUCCGCAAUCCACCUUACAACCCGGAGAUGCCGACCACAAGCACAUAUCCAUAUCCGACACCUGCUGAAUCCAAUCCUCGACAGCUAUUCAAUGCAUCCCAUCUACUGUGUAUCGUCGCCAUAACUAUGAUGUCGCUCACCGCAUUGGCAUCAGCUCAGUCAUAUCAGGUCUGUGGCACUAACCCAUCUGCCAACAUCAUUGCUCUCCCUGUGCCAGUGAAUUGUACAGUAUCGUCAGAGGAACCUCUAAUGCGCAUGCCAGUCCGUCUUUACACCGAAACAGAUGAACCACUGCGCGCACCUCCGACAACAACUACCCAGACUCCUCGACCUCGAUCGACUCAGAAACCUUUACCAAUCACCUUACCUGAAAGACCUCGGACGGCUCCAAGUUUCUCCACCAGAAUCCCUCCAACUCAAGCUCCCAGCCAGUCCUUUCAUCGAGUGCCUCCAAGACCUCUAGCAACUCCCUCUACACGACUUCCUAUAAGACCUCCGAAUUUGCCCGUCCAAACGGCGACGCUCCAAAUCCAGACGCUUCAACGACCUCUACCCUCAUCACCAAAGUCCACGACUACUGUCUCUCCAAACCUUUCGAAGAAAGCUCGUGAAGUGGAUUCUUAUUAUCGAGAAACGUAUAAUAAUAUUUGUAAUCGGCAGUACCUCAACACCUUGCGAAUUCGCACGUUCAGUACUGUAGAGCCGACAUGGGCAGCAAGAGAACUCCUCCAGAGGAAUGAUGUGGUAGCAACGUUACAGGACAGUGAACUCUUCGUGACACGUUGCAGACCUGUGCACCCACAGAAGAUUUUUGAAGACCACAGGGUGAAUGACACCUGCUACGUGCUUACACCCGUACAAGCUGAUGAUGCUAUAUGGAAAUCGCGCUUGCCUUACAUUAAGAUCUAUCUUUCCGGCAAGCCAGUUACGGCAUUGAUAGACAGCGGUUCGGCCAUUUCAUGUGUAUCCGUAUCCACCCUACGAUCCCUCAACAAAUCCCUGCCGGCUUCAUCUAACCCAUCUAUUGCCCUCGCAGCCAACGGUACAUCGAUCACAUUGUUGGCACAUGUGGAAUUACCGGUCAUCAUAAAUGGUCAUGCAGUAAGCCACAACAUGCAUGUAUUGAAGGAUGAAGAGUGUCCAGCACCAGCCCUUCUAGGUUCAGACUUCCUUCAACGUCUCAAUGAGCUAGGGAAGAAGAACAUCGUCUGUGAUACGCUUUCUCGACACCUUCCUGAAGUCAAUGCUGUAACGACAUCACACGACGCCACUACUAGCUACCUAAAUCCUCUUAAAGCAAGGAAGGAACAGGAUGAUUGCGAGUGGAUAAGAAGCUAUAAAGAAGCUCUAAGAGACAACUGUGAUGUUCCCGAACUCACUGAGUAUAUUCUCAUCAACGACAUGCUCUACAAAUUGCCCGAACGAAUCUAUCAAAAUCCUCGAUUAGUCUUACCCGAAGACGCUACGUUGAAGAACCACCUCGUAGCCCACGUCCAUUCUUCUAAUUAUGGAAUAGCACACUUGGGCAUCAAGAAAACGUCAGCCGCAGUCUCUAAAUUGGCCAUAUGGAAUAACAUGUACAAAACCAUCCGUGAUUAUGUUACCAAUUGUAAGAUAUGCCAAGACCGCAAGGACCCGAAUGCAUAUCGUGUCAACGAGCCUCUUCAUCAGUUUGAAACGCCAAUUAGACCAUGGCAGCGUGUGCACUCGGACGUGAUUGGUCCUCUACCACUUACGCUGGAAGGAAACAAAUUCAUAAUUGUUUUUGUUGACGCCUUUUCCAAAUAUAUCAUUGCGGAACCUAUUCCCGAUCAAAAAGCUGACACUUCCGCUGACGUCUUCAUCAAUCGUUGCGUCGCCAGAUUUGGAACUCCCGAACUACUGGUAACCGAUCAAGGCUCUAACUACAUGAGUGAAACAUUCAAGGAAGCUCUCAAGGUACUAAACAUUGUGCACAAGACCAGCACGCCUUAUCACCAUGAGAGCAACGGACAAGUUGAAAGAGCGAACAGGACGAUUCAGGAACUAAUUUCAAUGGCUACCAAAGACCAUCCAGACCGAUGGGACAAUGUAAUCCAUAUGAUUACUUACGCCUACAAUACCUCGAAGAACUCUACUACAAAGUACUCUCCAUAUACCGUUAUCCAUGGAUGUGAACCUAACAACCCAUUCCGUGCGGCCCUCCAACUACCUGCGAGAAAGUUCGUUGAUGAAAAUGACUAUGCUAGCCAGCUGACUAUGAUCUUGAAGAAUGUAUGGCAGGACGUUCACCACAACAUGGAAGAAGCCCAACAGGUCCAGAAACAUCAAUACGAUCUCAGAAAAAGAACUUCACCAAAGGAAUUUAAAAUAGGACAAAAAGUACUUAUAAGAAAACCAACAGGACAUAAACUCGCACCUCGAUUUGAAGGACCAUUUGAAAUAAUCGACAUCGAUCGUCCCAACAUCACCAUCCGGGAUGGACGACGCAGUCGCGAAGUUCACAUGAAUCGAGUCAAAAUCUACAAUGAAGCAGACAUGACUGAAGGCCAAAACAAUGUUUGA